UCAAUGUUAUUGUUGGGAAAAGAAGAACCAGAAAACUGCCAGAGAAGACAAAAAUGGGCUCUAAUGCCCCGAAAACAGUUUGAUUUUGAUUGUUAGCUGAAGCGUUGUCGUUUUUCGCGACUGUGGGAGUGUCGUUUCUGUUUAUCAAGAAUGUCGCAACUGCAGUCGUCUCUAGAUGUCGACCUGGAGCGACUGCCGAGCCUCUCGAAGGAGCAGAUUAAGGAAUACCUAGCGAACAGACUUCCCUUUUUGAAGGAGUGCAUGAAAAGUUCCUCUGCUAAUCCAGGAGAUGCUGUCACGGCCAGCUGCAUUCUCUUCACUCACUGUCUUCCGGUUUUUGACAACAUUUCUGAAGCAGAAAAGAAUUUCCUGUCGCCCGUUCUGCCACUAUUUAGUAAACUUUCUACUGAGAUAUUUACCAACAUAGAAAAUCAGCUGCAAAUCAGGGAAUUGAAUGUAGAUGAUGGCUUGCUGCAAGUGCCUGGUAUCCUUGCCCAAUGCAUCAAUUCUUGCAUCCAUUUUUACGUCAGCUUGGAAGGACUGCAGCCUUUAGACCUGAAAUCUUUCAAAGACAGUUUGUUCCAAGCUGUUGUCAACUUGCUGGAACACUACAGCAACAGCAAAAGGUUUCUAAAUACGAGCUCUGCUGAGGUCUUGAUCGAUCUUUCAAGAGAAGUUUCAGCAGUCCUGUCGAGUCUGAUUGUUUUGUUCAAGGAUAAAGUUAAUUUCGAUGAAACGGAAAGAAAUCAAGAGGCAGACCACAUUUUUGCUAAGACCAUUGAUUUUUUCUUCGACGUCAGCCGUUUUGCUCAGCAGGCCGAGCUAGCCCUGCCGUUGCUGGCAAAAAGUUGGAGAGUUUACCACAGUUUAAUCGCAUUUGUGAGGAGGAACGCAAUUCCAAUUGACUUUGAAGUGAUUCGUCCUGCUAUUUAUUUAAGCGAGCAAGUUUUGCAAUAUGCAGAAAUCUCUCUUGACGAGACGGUUCCUGAUAAUGGUGCUGAGCGGCUCGUGAAAUUUGCUGUGUUUCUUCUACAAAUUUUAAACACAAUGACUGGAGGCAACAUUGAAUCAAGGCUGGUAUCCCGCCUGCGAGACGUUUUUAAGCUCAUUCUAUCCCUUCAAAGAUGGUCAGAGCCAGUUUUACAAACAAGGGAGGCUGCGGUUACCAAUCGACAAAAGAUGGUUAGUCAGGAAAUCGUUGCCCGAGUUAAACUCAUGGUUGAAAAUUUUCUAGACAAACCUGACUUUCCAGAGUGGCUGUUUGACUUGAGAUUUGAGGAUGAACCAGUCCAAGAAUUAAUGCUGGUAGCCACCGUUUUAGAAGAGGUGGGGAUGAAAUGUUCUAAUGAAACAAGCAGAAUCCUCUGGAUUAAUUAUUCAAGAGAUGUUAACAUCUUGAGCACACUCUUCCGCUUGAUUGAUAAAUGUCCUCUGUCCCUGUCCAACUUAGACAGCGGCAUCUACGACUCCUGCCUCUCCUCCGGCUGUCUCUUCCUGGUGUCCUUGGACGCCGAGGAAUUCAUCGUGGCCGAAAAAACGCUGCUGCAAACCCUGUGCGGCUCGUGGGGAACGGCGUGGCCGUGGCUGCUGGCGUCCGACCUGUGGGUGUGUCUGACCAAGAGCAGCAAUUCCACGCAACUGUGUUUGGAGCAUGUGUCCACGCUGCGUUUGCUUUCCGAACAGAUGCCUGUUGGGCCUCAGAGGCGGGUGGUCACCUCCCUUUGCCAGCGGCUGACUGACGUCAUGGCCCAAUUCCCUGGGAAUGGGGAGGUCGAGUCAGGCGAGCCGCUGAUGGACUCUAAAGUGGACCAGGUCAAAGCCCAGAUUGAAGAGUUUCUUGAGCGGCCCUCAGAGGUGUCUUUUCGGCAGUGUUUGGAUGCUGUGGACCUGAUGGGCCGCAAGAAUGUCAGGGUAGAGUUGCUGGAGGUGCUGCUGCGUCUGCUACCCUUCUGCCACGACUUGGAUGAGCUUUCCGAGUGCAUGGGUCUCAAGGUGUUGGCUACCUGCGUGCACUACACUCCUCUCCUGGACGCGCGGGCCCUGGACACCCUGCUGACGAACGUGCCUUUCUUCUGCUCGCCGGCCCUGCGGGUGGCGUCGCUCGAGUUGCUCUGGCGGCUGAGCAGCAGGAGACUGGACGCGUCCUCCGUCGUGCGGCUGGUGUCCGAGGCGUUCAACGACCUGCUGCAGCACCACAGCGUCGUCGUGCGCAAGGCGGCCCUGCAGACGUUCGUCACGUUCGCGCAGUGCUCGCCGCACGAGGACGUCGUCCCAAUGGCAGUGGCCAACAACAAGGCCCUCCAGCUCACCGUGUCCGCCUUCAUCCAGAAGCAGGUGAGUGACAAUUACGGCGUCGACGAGGAAAUGCGGCGGCUGUCCAAAAUCGAGUGGGCCCCCUGUGACGAAAUGAGAGUCGAGAAAAUCGCUGGACUUCGCUUUAAGCCAAAUGAACAAGAUACCCCGCCGCGUCUGCGGACGCCCUCCCCGGAAAAUACCCUUAGCCAGAUGAGUAUUGGCAGUGCGAUCUUUUCCUCGGGGUCACCGGAAGAAAACUCGGCGUGCGACACGCAAGUGGCGGAGCUGACUUCCUUUAUUGAUUCGUUAGUGAAGGAAUUGAAACACGAAAAACUCAGUGCCAAAAACAAAAAGGAAAUCAAAAAAUCCGUCGUUAAGUUGCAAGGACUGUUAGACGACACAUUUUAACACAUGAUGAAAUAAUUAAAAACAAACAUUCCAUUCAAGUCCGUGAUUUCUUUCGUGAAUGAAACCCAUAAAAGGUGAUUUGAAAGGUGGCGGGCUG